GCAGCUGGCAGACCCGUGGCAGAAGAUGGCUGUGGAGAGCCCGUCCGACAGCGCUGAGGAUUAUAUCUUUAUCCUUGAAAUUUAAAAACAUUUGCCAGGACAUGUCUUGGUGUUGAUGAUCUCUGUUGAACCUUCUCAGUCUUCAGUCUCAGUAUAAUGAGUAUGAUGACUAUCACUGUACAUAAGUCUUUAUGCACAUCUCUGAUAUUUCCUUAGGAUAAAUGAGGAGCUGAUUCUUAAUCCUGUCACAUUGAAUGGACAGCAAAUUAUGGAUGAACCUAUGGGAGAGGAGGAGAUUAAUCUACAAACUGAAGAAGGCAGUAUCAAAGAAAUUGCAAUCACACAUCAUGUAAAGGAAGGUCAUGAAAAGGCAGAUCCUUCCCAGUUUGAGCUUUUAAAAGUAUUAGGACAGGGAUCAUUUGGAAAGGUUUUCUUGGUGAAAAAAAUCUCAGGCUCUGAUGCUAGACAGCUUUAUGCCAUGAAGGUAUUGAAGAAGGCCACACUGAAAGUUCGAGACCGUGUUCGGACAAAAAUGGAACGUGAUAUUUUGGUAGAAGUUAAUCAUCCUUUUAUUGUCAAGUUACAUUAUGCUUUCCAGACUGAAGGAAAGUUGUAUCUUAUUUUGGACUUUCUCAGGGGAGGAGAUUUGUUUACACGCUUAUCCAAAGAGGUGAUGUUCACAGAAGAAGAUGUCAAAUUCUACUUGGCUGAACUUGCACUUGCUUUAGACCAUCUGCAUAGUCUGGGAAUAAUCUAUAGAGACUUAAAGCCAGAAAACAUACUUCUUGAUGAAGAAGGUCACAUCAAGUUAACAGAUUUUGGCCUAAGUAAAGAGUCUAUUGACCACGAAAAGAAGGCAUAUUCCUUUUGUGGAACUGUGGAAUAUAUGGCUCCAGAAGUAGUUAAUCGUCGUGGUCAUACUCAGAGUGCUGACUGGUGGUCUUUUGGUGUGUUAAUGUUUGAAAUGCUCACUGGUACAUUACCGUUCCAAGGAAAAGAUCGAAAAGAAACAAUGACUAUGAUUCUUAAAGCCAAACUUGGAAUGCCACAGUUUUUGAGUCCUGAAGCCCAGAGUCUUUUACGAAUGCUUUUCAAACGAAAUCCAGCCAACAGAUUAGGCGCAGGACCAGAUGGAGUUGAAGAGAUUAAGCGACAUUCAUUUUUCUCAACAAUAGACUGGAAUAAACUAUAUAGGAGAGAAAUUCAUCCACCUUUUAAACCUGCAACUGGUAGGCCUGAAGAUACAUUCUAUUUUGAUCCUGAGUUUACUGCAAAAACUCCCAAAGAUUCACCUGGCAUUCCACCUAGCGCUAAUGCACACCAGCUCUUUCGGGGGUUCAGUUUUGUUGCUAUUACCUCAGACGAUGAAAGCCAAGCAAUGCAGACAGUUGGUGUACAUUCAAUUGUUCAACAAUUGCACAGGAACAGUAUCCAGUUUACUGAUGGAUAUGAAGUAAAAGAAGAUAUUGGAGUUGGAUCGUACUCUGUUUGUAAGAGAUGUAUACAUAAAGCCACAAACAUGGAGUUUGCAGUGAAGAUUAUUGAUAAAAGCAAGAGAGAUCCAACUGAGGAAAUUGAAAUUCUUCUCCGUUAUGGACAGCACCCAAACAUUAUUACUCUAAAGGAUGUAUAUGAUGAUGGAAAAUAUGUGUAUGUAGUAACAGAACUUAUGAAAGGAGGUGAAUUACUGGAUAAAAUUCUUAGACAGAAAUUUUUCUCUGAACGAGAAGCCAGUGCUGUCCUGUUUACCAUAACCAAAACCGUCGAAUAUCUUCAUGCACAAGGGGUGGUUCACAGAGACUUGAAACCUAGCAACAUUCUUUAUGUGGAUGAAUCUGGUAAUCCAGAAUCUAUUCGAAUUUGUGAUUUUGGCUUUGCAAAACAGCUGAGAGCAGAAAAUGGUCUUCUCAUGACUCCCUGUUAUACUGCAAAUUUUGUUGCACCAGAGGUUUUAAAGCGACAAGGCUAUGAUGCUGCUUGUGAUAUAUGGAGUCUUGGUGUCCUCCUCUAUACAAUGCUUACUGGCUACACUCCAUUUGCAAAUGGUCCUGAUGACACACCAGAGGAAAUAUUGGCACGAAUAGGUAGCGGAAAAUUCUCACUCAGUGGUGGUUACUGGAAUUCCGUUUCAGACACAGCAAAGGACCUGGUGUCAAAGAUGCUUCACGUAGACCCUCAUCAGAGACUGACUGCUGCUCUCGUGCUCAGACAUCCUUGGAUCGUCCACUGGGACCAACUGCCGCAAUACCAACUGAACAGACAGGAUGCGCCACAUCUAGUAAAGGGUGCCAUGGCAGCUACGUACUCUGCUUUAAACCGUAAUCAGUCACCAGUCUUGGAACCGGUAGGCCGCUCCACUCUUGCUCAGCGGAGAGGUAUUAAAAAAAUCACCUCAACAGCCCUGUGAAGUGACCUCAGUGAGAGAUUUGGUACCAUGGUGUAAGCUGAUAGCACAAGUUCUGGCGACAGGUAGCACAUAUCCGAGAGACACCUGCAAGCACACACUGUCCCAGCUGGUACCCAUAAUGCUGCUGCCCCUGCUGCUGCUCCUGCUUUCGUCUCUUCUCGCUUUAAAUGAUCGUUAGCAAGUUAGAUUUUCCUGGAGCUCCGGAUGAAAUGAAAAUGGAAACGUGAUGAAGAUAUAUUCACUGAAUCAAUGAGAAAAAUAAUGAACAUAUGAAUACCACCUAAAAUACACUGAAUAAAGUACUCUACACCAUAUAGCAUUAUUUUUAUAGGAGAUAUUUCAUGUCCCUUAAAUAUUCUUUGUUAGUUAUAGGGAUGGACAGUUUAUGUUAAGCACUUAGCUUAAACAAUCCGUUUAUAUUAGCACUGUAUCCCUUGUGCCAUCCAACAUUUUGUAUGUUUUUGUAAACAGUUCAUACACAGUACAUUUCUGUACUGCUUUCUUUAAUGUACACAUGCCUUGUUUAACUUGGAAUCUAUUAUUAUUAACCAAUUGACUAUUAAAUUUGGUUAAAUAGUUCACCUGGAUUAGCAGUAUUGUUGGACAGCCCUAAAAAAUGGCCAGAUUGUGAAACAGCUGUUGAAUGUAAUACUUUCAAAAUGUACAUAUCUUUCCCCAUGUCUGUUUCACUGGUUUGUUCGUUUGUUUGUUUCUUAAAGUCAGGUGCUCUGUCAGACUAACCUAGAGAGCUGUUAUGGUAGAGAAAGUUAUCAUACAUGUGUGGCAUGAAAUCAAGAGUACAUCUAUGAAGUAAGCCCAUAUACUUUGCAACUCCUUUGGGUUCUUUUUUCCUUAAUUAAAGAAGUAGUCCUUGUACUUUUAAUCCUGUAUCCAUACUUAGUAUUUGGCAUAUUAUUUGAGAUUUUGCCAAUAUACAUAAAAAGCCUUUAAUAGUCAUCGUAAAGAGAUUGGUGAAGAAAAAUUUAGCCACAGGUAAUUGAAGUCCUAAUGGAUAUUUCAUGUUUAAAUAGAUAUUCUAUAUUAAACACUAAUUUGAUUGUAAUAAAGGCCACAGGCCUCUCUAUGAAAUUGGAUUUAAACUUUCUUAAUCUAGGGAAUAAAACUUUCUUGAGCAAACAGUAUCUGUUCGAACCUGAACUCCUGACUAAGGUAGUCUGAGUGAACAUUCAGUGUUUUCUGAAUUCCUCCUGAUGACUUCUAGCCAUAUCUUACUUUCUUUGACUUCAGAAAAGCUCCGUUUCGUAAUGGCCACUGGGCCUGCUUAGAUGGCAGUAUUGGUUACAUUCAUCUAAUCUGGUAGUUUCCACAGUUUUAUCUAAUGAAAGAAAGAAACUUUUGUGCCCAUUAUUACCUGUGUCUUUGCCAAUCUACCUAGCAUACAUCAAUAUGUAAUGUAAAAGAUAUAUGAGCAAGGAAAGAGUAAUUUAAAUUACCUAAUCAAGAACGUGCCCGAACAGAUCUUUCUUAGUCACAUACUAAAGCAUUUACAUCAGAAGUCUUUUUUUUUUUUCCAGCCAGAAGCUUUAAAUCUUCCCAAAGCCGAAGGAGAGUGGUGCAUCUAAAUGUCUUGAAAGCAAGUUGUCAUUCUUAAAUUUCUCCAAUGCAAUUGAACAGAAAGGGGGACAUCUAUAACAUUCCUCUUGCCCAAGUAACACAAAUGAUUAUUGCAUAAAAAUCUAACUUACCUUCUAAAUGAAAAAUGUAUGAGAAGAGAGAAAUCAGAAGAUGUAGGUGGAAGCUUUUUUUUCUCCCUCCUCUAUUCAGUGUUUCAAACCAUGGUCAUCCCAAAUUCUUGGCACUCUUUAAAUGUUAAAGUAAUGCUGAGCAGAAAAAAAUACCUAGUUUCAGGUUGUUGACACUAAAGCUAUUCCAUAAUUGCUUAGGUGUGUUGUCCAUAAUAGGAUUAGAAGUCAACACCAUAAAUAUUUUUUAUUUAUAAGGCAGAUUAGAGGAAGAGAGAGAGAGAGGAAGAUUUUCCACCUACUGGUUCACUUCCCAAAUGGCUGCAGUGGCCAGGACUGGGCCAGGCUGAAGCCGGGAGUUUCUCCUAGGUCUCCUACGUAGGUCCAGGGGCCCAAAGACUUGGGCCGUUCUCCACUGCUUUCCCAGGUGCAUUUGCAGGGAGCUGGAUUGAAAGUGGAGCAGCCGGGACUCAAACCAGAGCUCAUAUGGGAUGCCAGCAUUUCAGGCGGCAGCUUAACCUGCCAUGCCACCACACUGGCCCCAACACCCUAAAUCUUAAUAAGUUAUCUGGCCCAACUUGGUCAUACUGCAUGUAAAGAGCCUGAGACCCAAAUUAAAGACUAGAAUCCUUCUCAUUCAGCAUUUUUUUUUUUUAAACUCCUCAUAAAACCGUGCUACCUUUGCCUGACCAGUAACUGAGGUCAAGGACUAUGAAUUUCUUGGGGCAGUCCGCUGGUGGUACAGAGUACCCAGUUUCUUUCUUUCAGAAUUAAAUGCCUUCUUUGUCUAGUCAAGCUGCCAGUUUUAUUGGAUAAAAGUAAUGGUUCACAGAGCUGAAAACUUUGCACCUGGAAAGCAAGUUUAUGAGUGUAAUUUGUUUUUUUCAUCUGUGGUUCUGAUGUUCUCCGUGCUUUUGAUUUGCAGUGGACUGACCUGGCCAGCAUUGUGCUGGAAAUGUAGGGCUUGUGUCAGGUUAACUUUUCCAUUGAUUUCUCAAAGUCUAACUCUUUGUGACACUGGGUUGUGGUAUUGAGGCACCUGAUGGCUUUUGCCAGUCACCAGUUAGUGCUGCCAGUUCCAUUGAGCUGCUCCCAGGAGGUGUCCAGUCUUAAAGAUACUUCACUGUGAAAGAGGGAACUAAACUAUCAGGUCUCUUUUACAAACAUCCUCUUAGUUUAUAAUCCAGAAUAAUAUCCAAAAUGAUAGAUUGCAUUUAACAUUGCCAGGCAUAUAUUGGGAAAAGUGCAAGUUACACUACUGUGUGUUUUCUGUUUUCCCUUUGGAGUGAUGAUGUUAAAUUAAGGUAAGUUUUUUUUUUUUUUUUGGUAUUUUUUUAAUCAUUUCAGCUCCUUCUAGUUUAUAAUGAUGUCUACUAAAUACUGUAGGCCCUUGACCUCAACCAAUUUGAUAUGAAUGCAUUUACUCACAAGCAACCCUGAAAGUCCAAAAACAUAAUGAAUUUGACAAAGCAUGAAGUUAAGAUGCCAUGAGAAUAAUGCAUGGGAAGAGUCACUUUUGAGUGUCUAGGGUAGAUUUCCCAGAUUUCACAUGCAGUGUGAUUCAAAGAGCAAGUUUGAGUCAACCCAGUCCCCAUCAACUUUUAAGAAGUGGCUGCUACUAGGGCCUGGGGAGGUGGGACUGUCCAAUUAACUAUGUCCUGCACCCUCAGCCCAGGAAAGAUUUAAAUAGAGGAUUGGUAGGUGUAAAGGCUUCAAAAGAAGGCAGUGUGUUUGGUAGGAAAGCCCAGUCUGGAGUGAAAGCAAAAAAGCCUUCAAGAUUUGGGGACCUUGCUCACUUUGGCAGCACAUAUACUAAAAUUGGAAGUAUUUGGUGGCCUUGCUACACAUGUGCGCAAUCACCAAGGGAGGCCAGCAGUACACAUCUCAACAUGGCUUUGAUCCUCUCUAUUUCCUGGCCUUUAUCAUUGGCCUAAAAUUUUCAGCUAGAUUUACUGUAUUUUUAGUAGAGAAAAUUCUGUCUUUCGGUAUUGAGCAUUUGAAAUUAAUGAAGCUAUGUUGGACAGAUAGCUCAGGAGCAUAAAGGAUUAGAAAAGGUCUGUUUUCUGUGGUUGACAAACAUGGAUUCCAUGGCUGACCUUGGUGCUUAAAGCUAGAGGUUCCAAUCUAGUCCUAGAGUUCUGUCCCUCUAAAAGGCCCAAGUCCGUGUGACUUAACUUUAAACUGGACAUAUACUUUGAGCCCUGUUGAAUUCACAGAUAAGUCCACUGCUUUCGGUAUUAUUGCUUCAAUUAAUGAAAAGGGUCCUCUUUUCAAGCCCAGGUUGUUUCCCCGAGUGACCAUUGGUGGAGACCAGGUAAUGAAGGAAUGAAUUCACUUUCUUGGGACUGUGGUAUUCUACAGAGCCACAUUUAACCACUUUUUUCAGUGAAGAAUCUACAGAACGAUAAUACCCAAACGUGGAUGGCCAAGACGAAUUUUUGCCUACAGUGUACUUUAUGUAUUUUUGACACUGCUGUAUUCUUUGUGAUCCAGUGACUGUGGUUCCAAUGUGACUAAGUGUCCUCAAAGAAUUCUAGUAACUAACUCAAUUUUCUUAAGCCUAGUGUUACUGUCAGUCUCACAUUUACCACUUUGAUUCCAGUCUUUCAACUGUU